AUGGGUACGUCAGCGUCGUCGUUCCUGGACCGACGCGACGCUCGCCGCCGCGGCUACGAACCGAUCCCCCGGCACGACGAGGACGAGAAAGGGAUGCCGAUCGCUUACGAGGAGCAGAAGAACAUACUAGAACAGAUGUCGAUCCCUCGGCGCGACGACGAUCGAUCUCAGCCGCAGCAGCAGCAGGAGGAGGACAUAAUACUCUUCGAGGAGGAGAGGCAAGGGCCGGCGGCCCUGGAGGCGCGCGCGCGCGUGCUGAGGGGCAGGGCCUUCCGGCAAGGGACCGUCUUCCGGACCUGGCAGGACCUCAAGGACUCGGCCCUCUGCUACCUCAUCGCCUUAAACUGGAGAGAAGCUGCACUGGCGUUCGCGGAGCAGGCUCUGUACGACAUUCAGCUCGGCGACGAGCCGCGCGCGGCCACCGCGUUGCUGCGCUCUGCUAAAUGCUUCAUCGAGAUCGAACACAAACCCAAGUACGAGGUAGAGUACGUGGAGCAGGCGCUGGAGGAGGCGACGACGCUGUUCGCCAGGACCGGCGACCUGCAGCUGGCCGCCACCAGCUGCCUGGAGUUAGCCGAGUUCUACAUGGACCAGCAGGACCUGCGGGGCGCGCUUCGCACCUUCCGGCGUGCCGCGGGCUACUGCGGCUACAAGCACCGGAACUGCGGGCACAAGGCCGACGUGGUCGGCUCUCUGCUGCGCGACGAGGAAGCGCUCCGCCGCCGGGGGGUGCUGCCCCUCGAGGACUACAAGAGGAGGUCCGCCGGGUACAUCCGGUCGUCGGACCCAGACUGGCGCUCCAAAGUGUGCGACCUGUUCCUUUCAACGACUCCGCCGGUGGAUAUCCCAGAGUCUCUGUGACGGUUGACUGAUCGAAGAUAGAUAGCUUAGUAGUGCAAAUUAUAUUGUGCAAAGCAAAGCUUGUACUAGUGCAAUGCAAGCUUGGAGUUUGCAUGCUCUUUUCUUAU